AUCGGCGUCACUCGACGAAUUUUCAUCGACCAGAGUAGACGCACAGCUCGUUACCCGCCCGAACAAAAAGAUGUCUGACGCAGUAGUUGCUACCCCUAAGCCAGCAAAGGCAAAGAAGGCUGCCAAACCAAAGAAGCCAGCUUCUCAUCCUAAAUACUCCGACAUGAUCAAGGCAGCUCUAACGGCCCUGAAAGAGAAGGGAGGAUCCUCCAGACAGGCCAUCCUGAAGUACAUCAUCGCUAACAACAAAGUUGAUGCUGAGGCUGCCAGUCGCCACCUGAGAAUGGCAUUGAAGGCAGGAGUGAAGAAUGGAACACUCAAACAGUCCAAGGGAACCGGAGCCUCGGGAUCCUUCAAACUCGGAGAGAGUGCUGUCAAGAAACCCAAGGCAAAGAAGGCCGCCAAGCCCAAGAAGGCUGCAGCAGUCAAAAAGCCCAAGAAGGCCGUGACAAAGAAACCCGCUGGAGAGAAGAAAGCAGCCAAGCCUAAAGCAAAGAAAGCAAAAUCUCCCAAGAAGGCCAAGGCUGCAGGUGAGAAGAAGCCCAAGAAGGUUGCAAAGUCCCCAGCAAAGGCAAAGAAGGCCCCAGCCAAACCCAAGGCAAAGAAGGCAGCAAAGCCCAAGAAGGCAGCAGCCAAGAAGUAAACUCGUGGAUCUGAGUGAACUAUUUAUUUCUGUAAAUAUGUACAGAGACAUACUGUAAUGUGCAAGUAGACAGCAGUUGAUGUGUCAACUAACUCAUAUUCAUUGGACUUCAGACGGCAGCAAAUCAUGUUCAUUGUAUGCAAGUUCAUCAUGUGAGAGAUGUGCGAAAGUUUUCAUAUUUCAUUUAUCUCAUGUUCAUUGUUAUUUCAUGUCUGUUAACAGAUUUUUUCAUUUCACUCAAUGAGUGUGUAAUAUAAUCAUGUUUUGUAAAUGUGUAAAACGAACAAAAAAGUCAUAUAAAAAUUUUCAAAAGGAAAAA